AUGGAGAACUUCAAGGAAGUAGCCUGUCCAAACGAGGAUACGCACAGUUCGGAUGAUCCCUGUUCUGCUCUGGCAGCCAGUGACCGAGAUUCCCCGGUGGUUUCGGAGCAUACUGACGGCAACGAGGAAACAGACAGGAGAAGAGGGGCGAGUUUGACGGGUGAAAACGAGGAUACGCGCACCGCUUUCGAUGAGCGCCCCGACCAAGAGACUCCAGAUCACAGCUCGGCCCGCAAGAAGAAGACCCGCACCGUCUUCAGCAGAAGUCAGGUCUUCCAGCUGGAGUCCACCUUCGAUAUGAAACGAUACUUAAGCAGCUCCGAACGAGCAGGACUGGCGGCGUCGCUACACCUUACCGAGACGCAGGUCAAAAUUUGGUUUCAGAACCGAAGGAACAAGUGGAAACGGCAGUUAGCGGCAGACUUGGAGGCCGCGAACAUAUCCCAUUCUGCUCAGAGGAUUGUGAGGGUUCCAAUUUUAUACCACGAGAGCUCGACGCCGACUACACUGGGGUUUGGCAUGUCACAAGUGUCGAGCCCAGUAGUUGGGUUUUCGAGUACUAUGAACUAUCCCCUUUCACCUUUAACUCAUUCCAUGUCUUUGUUAAGGUCACAGAUGACAGGCCUUGUAUAGCUAAUAUUGGGGCAGCGUUGUCUGGCAGUUCAUAUUAUCAUAACCAUCAUCAUUGUUUUAUUUUUUUAUUCAGAGAAGUGCAAUAGCUCACACGGCCACAGAUAACUGCAAGCUUGUUUGCCGCAUCCAAAGACAAACUGUAUCAAUCAAGACCAUAAUCAUGCAUAAAGAAAAAAAGGAGUGAAAUCCGUUUAAUUUUCUUACUUUUAAUGCUAAACUCUACCUAUA